UUUUUAUUGAGUGAAUGUCUUGCUUUUCAUUCAGGUUAUGUCGAAGAUGGCGGCACGUUAUGGAAACGGCAUCCUCUUUCGCCUCGGCACAGGAUUUGUGCCGGAGAAUGACUCCAGGAUAGAAAGGCCGGCGCUUGUAAUGGGCCUGAACACUGACUUCAAGCGCUGGAUGCAGAAAGCCAAGAGGAGCACCAAGGUCGAUGCACACCAGAAGGUUGUUGACUUAGUCCUCAGUCUCAGCAUGUCACGAGACGACUUUGGUUGGCGCAACGCGUCGGACGACGUGAUGGCAGCGCUGGGGAUUGUCAAGGAAGUCUGGAAAAGUCACAACGUGUCCAGGAGCCAACGGUCUCUUACGAAUGUGGCUCAGAUGGGUGCGGCACUUACGAACGUAAAGCCGGCCGUGCUGCUUGCACAACUGAGGUGGUGGGGUGCCUCCUAUUCCAAAGAACAUCCGGUUGUGCUCGAGCAGAGUGGCGUCCUGUCCUUCCUGAACGCCGCGCUGGGACGCGUGAGUGAGCGACGCAUGGUGCAAUACCUCUUCUGGGAGACUGCGCGCCAGCUAUCCGCCUUCUUUCUGCAGACCGAUCCCCCGCACCUGGAUCACGUGUGCUACAUCAAGACCGUCGAACUGUUCGGGCCUGCGGCUGCUCUGGCACCCGUGAUCUGGCACCAAGUGAGCGCCGAAGCCGUUGUGAGCGCCGAGACCACUUUCGCCAGCGUGCUCAAGGCGUCCGAAGACGAGAUCUACGCGGCAGGCGCGCGCAGCAUGGCAGAGGCGAAGCGCAUGAGAGCUCUCGGAAGGCGUCUCAGCCAGGUUCGCCUCGCGGUAGCCUACCCGGAGGACGUUCGCGACCUGCAGGCGUUAAACGAGAAGCUGGCGCACGUUCCCGGCAUGUCCGAGGUCUUCUUCACCAACUUGCUGGCCGCUCAGGAGUCCUCGUGGAACCGCAAGAAGGGGAACCCGUCUUUGCCGACUCCACUGCGGCCGAGACCCCGCUACGACGGGCAGCGCAACGAGAUCACGCUUCCCAUAGACUUCCUGAUUCCGCCGUGGUUCUCGCCGGACGCUCCGCCUUCUGCACGCUUGGCUACGAUUGGCUUGUCGCUAUCUCUGGUCCUGUGGCGUGCCGUCGCGGCGCAGAGAGUGUACGACGUGGGCGAGUCCACGCGACUUUUGCUGGCUCGACGGCACGUAUACAACCGAACGUGCUUUGCAGGCAGUGCUAUUCUUCGCGGCACAGAUGACGCCUUCCGUAUGCUUGCCGUCAUCGCGGUGGCCAGGGCGUUGAAGCAGGGCGACAACAGCAGCAGCGAUGGCAGCGCCGGGAUUCCCGGCCACUCGGCGGAAUCCGCGAGGGACGAUCUCGAGCUGUUGCUGGUGUCUUGCUGCCUUUCGAUGUGCGGGCCUCACAACAGCGAUAUUUGCGCAGCCGUGAUGGAGACACCGCAGUUUGGAAGUGUUUUCCGUUGCGCACGAAAAAGCGAUGUUGAUCGCGCAAAUUGUUCUGAGCAUUGACUUCUGCCUUUUAUGUUACCAGAAAGAUUUCCGAUUACAUAUGCAGUACACUUUUGAUAACUUAAUAUGUGAAUAGAUCCUGCAAUUUCAUUCUAUAUAUAUCUUCGGGAUGGAUUUAGUUCGCUGUCAUGUUUAUGAAUGCUAAUUGCCAUGUAUGUGGUAGCGUCACGUGCUGUCGAUAUCGACAGGAAGUCACGCUUCCAUGUAGUCGCAUGACCCGAUCACGAUUGCUUAUAAGGCUGACAUGUUUCUCUUCUGGCCGUUCUCAUUUGUACUUCCGUUCUUGCUGGGCGAUGUAGCGAUAAACUGUUUUACUACUGCUCUACUAUACAUGUUUAAAAAAAUGACGUACAGCGCGAAGGACAAGGACUGUGAGAGAUGACAUAUACACAGCGCUACCAACAUUACCAACUAGCUUAAGCAACCACCCUAGUUCUACUAUACGUUCGUCUCCGAAUCCCUGCGACACAAUACUAAUCAUCGGAAGUGCUUUCUCUCUGUAAA